AUGGCUGUAGGCAUCAUCCUCGGAAAUUUUGUCCCCUCAAUGUCUCCAGCUCUGGAAAAAGGAAAAUUCGUUGGAGUAUCUGUUCCAAUAGGCAAAAUAUUUAAUGGUUCGCUCAAUAACACUCUUUUAGCCAUUGGACUGCUGGUGAUGAUGUACCCUAUUCUGUGCAAGGUCCAGUAUGAAUCCCUUCACAAGCUCUUGAACAAAAAGGAGUUGUGGAAGCAAAUCGGCUUCAGCGUUUUCGUGAAUUGGAUUAUAGCCCCGUUUCUCAUGCUUGCGCUAUCGUGGGCAUUUCUUCCAGACAAGAGUCACCUUCGUACUGGCCUUAUUCUUGUCGGCCUGGGUAGAUGUAUCGCCAUGGUCUUAAUCUGGAAUGCCCUCGCCGGUGGCAACAACGACUACUGCGCCAUCUUGGUUGCCGUCAACUCCAUUCUGCAAAUAGUUCUCUUUGCGCCGCUUGCCAUCUUCUUUCUUAAUGUCAUCAGCGAGGAGAACGACAUCGCCCCUAUCUCGUAUUCGGUCGUCGCAACGAGUGUGGCAGCGUUUCUAGGCAUUCCCCUAGGCGCUGCCGUAAUAACGAGGUUUGGUCUUCGAUUCAUCGCGGGGCCGGCAUGGUAUGAUGGCAUAUUCAUCCGCUUUGUCUCGCCAUGGUCUCUUAUCGGGCUUUUAUAUACCAUUUUGGUCUUGUUUGCUGCCCAAGGCCAUCAAGUGGUGCAUCAGAUUGUUUCAGUCCUUCGUGUUGCCGCUCCGCUUGUUGUGUACUUUGCCAUUGUCUUUUUCACGACCGUGGGCAUUUGUCGGAUGCUUGGGUUUGAAUACCAGUUUCUUGUGACGCAAAGCUUCACAGCGGCAAGUAACAACUUUGAGUUGGCCAUUGCUGUAGCUGUUGCGACGUUUGGUCCGAACAGCGAUGAGGCAUUGGCAUCCACCGUUGGGCCUUUGAUAGAAGUGCCUGUUUUGCUGGGUUUGGUAUACGCUCUUCGAUGGGUCGCAAAUAGAUGGGGCUGGAAAUAG